UGCACCGAGGGCCGCAUGCACUCUUUCCUGCUUCUGCUAAUUGGAUCGAUCCACACAGCCAAGAAAGAUCAGGACGGAGGAGAAGAAAAAGCAGCUCAGAAGAAGAAAGUGAAGGAGCUGAAAGUUCUCGAUUCCAAAUCGUCCCAGAACCUCUCUAUUUUCCUGGGCUCAAACAGAUUGCCAUACGAGGAGAUGAGAAAUAAUAUCUUGGAGGUGAAUGAGAAGGUGCUAACAGAGAACAUGGUGCAGAGCUUACUGAAGCUGUUGCCUGAGGAAGAGCAGCUAAAGGUCUUAUCAGAGCUGAAGGAUGAGUAUGAGGACCUCGCAGAGUCCGAACAGUUUGGAGUGGUGAUGAGUUCAGUAAAGCGUCUAAAGCCCCGGCUCAGUUCCAUCCUGUUCCGACUGCAGUUUGAAGAGCAAAUAAAUAAUGUGAAGCCAGACAUUGUGUCCGUGACUGCAGCAUGCGAGGAGCUGAUGAAGAGUGAUAACUUUGCCCAACUUCUUCAGAUCAUCCUGCUUGUUGGGAACUAUAUGAAUGCCGGCUCACGCAAUGCCAAAGCCUUUGGCUUCAGCAUCAGCUACCUGUGCAAGCUCAGAGACACAAAGUCUGCAGAUCAGAAGCAGACUCUUCUGCAUUUCCUGGCAGAUGUGUGUCAGGAGCAGUAUCCUAAUGUCAUGCACUUCCAUGAGGAGCUUAUUCACCUGGAGAAAGCCAGCAGAGUUUCUGCAGAGACACUCCAGAAAAAUUUGGAACAAAUGGGGAAGCAGAUCAAGAGUCUGGAAAAGGACAUCGAAACUUUCCCUCCACCCCAAAAUGAAAAGGAUAAAUUUGUUGAGAAAAUGACAGUUUUUGUGGCGUCUGCGCGAGAGCAGUAUGAGAAGCUCCAGCUGAUGCACAACAACAUGGAGAAGCAGUACGAAGACCUGGGCAAAUACUUUGUGUUUGACCCCAAGAAGAUGGGCCCUGAAGAGUUAUUCGGAGACCUCAACAACUUUAGGAACAUGUUCCAGCAAGCCGUGAGUGAGAAUCAGAAACGUAAGGAAGCAGAAGAGAAGAUGCGCAGGGCCAAACUUGCAAAAGAGAAAGCAGAGAAAGAGAAAGAAGAGAGACAGAAGAGAAUGAAUUCUGGGCACUCUCUUAACAUCAAUGAUGAUGGCGAUGAGACUGGUAUCAUGGAUGGCCUGUUGGAAGCACUGCAAUCAGGAGCUGCUUUCAAACGAAAGAGAGGUCCAAGGCAAGCAGGAAAUCGAAGAGGAGCUGGAAAUGCAGUGACAAACAUUCUUGCCAAAGAACUGCUGCAGGAAGACCCCAAGCCUAGCACAACCAAAAAGACGAAAAAGGACAGUGAGAGCAAGAAGGCAGAAUCAGCAGAAGACACAGGAUCUCUGGAGGAUCUCUUGGAUGUUGCCCCACCACGGUCUAAUUAGGAACCUCCUGUGCUGGCCCUUUGCUUGGGGGGGACAUUGCUUCGGGACCAAAUGUGAGGAUGGGGUCUCUCUCUUACUCACACUCCCAUGUAAGCCUUGAUGGCCUACCGUUGGCCAAUUUUACUGUAGACAUAGGGGCUGUCUGUUCUGCCCCUAAAGGGAACUUAGAAAAUAUCAUGGUCACGCUGCACUCAUCCCUGUUUUCUGCCCAGUUUUCAUCACUUUUAUUCUAUAUUAUUUUUCUUGAAGGUAAAAUUGGAUCAACCCAAAGAUCUAUUUGACACAUAACAGGUGAUACAUUCCUUGAUAUUUCUGCACUUAGGUUUAGUUAUUUUUUUUUUGUUUGUUUGUUUAGUUGUUUAUCAGUACUUCAUAUUUACACACAGAUAUUCAGUUCUUUCUUGCUUUCUGGAGCCAAGUGUAAUACUAUGCAAAACAUACUGUAUCCAGAGUGUUAAAAGUGAAUUUCCAUUACAUUAGCACAAACAGAGCAAAAAAUGUGCCAACUGAUAGCUUAGAAAUGUACAUACAUCUGUUCAAUAAGAGUAUCUGUUCAAUAAGAGUGUGCCUUAAGUAGACCUCAUUUCUUUCCCCCCAGUAGUUCUUUUGUUUUUGUCUGUUUGUCAUUUACAAGGCUCUAGCUGCACAUCUCUCAGCUAAAUCCAGAGUAGUCUCCCUUUAUAUCUCCACAGUGAUAGGCAGUGUGUGCACAUUUACACACUGCUCUGUAUAAUUACUAACCUGUUGUAAACAUUUAAUAAACAGUUCUGGUUUUUUUUGUGCAUGUCUGAGCGAUAUGAAUAGGCACGUACUGAAUUUCCUGCACACUUAAACACUGCCCAGGAAGUACUGCAGUCUGUUCCUGUUAUCCUGUCCAUGUUUGAUUUAAGACAGAUUUUGAGUUUGCCUGUGCCAGAUGAACAAAAAUUUCAUUCCUUGAAUGCAGGGACGUCUUUAGCUGUCAGAGAAAAAAAAAAGAAUCGGUAAAAUACUUGUUACUGUUCUCUCUUUCAGCAUUUUUGCUCUAAACUAUUUCAAAUUUAUCAGAAUGUUACUUGCUUUUUUCACUGCUUUUAAUCAUAUCACCAAUUAUAUUGUUCGCUAGGACAAUGUGCACGUUACACGGAAGACGUCAGUCAGGGUUUCUGAAAGACAUUUUUGUCCUGAAUGUACCAGAACAUUCUCAUGAUGGGUCUUCAAACACUGGACAUAUGCUUAUUGACUGCAAGGCAAUGUGUGACUGCUCUUGAUGCCAUGCUUAUUACUGUUCAGCUUAGGUUUCGGUUUUAUCCUGAGAACAAGUCUUCCAUAAAGCAGUCUUACUGUAUGGACGACUCUAUAGUAUGUGUGAUAGAGUAACUUAGCGAUCAUAAAGACUCACAUGGCAUUUACUGCACAUUUCUAUUCAUUUAUGGUAACUGAUUGAUUUGGUGAGCAGCAUUACGUCACUGGAUUGAGAAAAAUACAACGCAUAGUCUUUUUCCAUUUUAUGGACAGAUUUUCUAUAUAAAUUUUUAUUGAUUAUUUUUAAUAUUAUUGUAAUUAGAAAUACACUUGGUUAUGUGUGUAUAUGGAAUUUUCUUUAGAUAAAUGAAAGCUUGCAUUUCUGUACAACCCUUGCCAUUAAAAAAAAAACCUUUAGUAGUAUCUCA